AUGGGAUCCUUGUCGCCGCAGAACAAACCCUUGUCGUUCGCUGCCUUGAAGGCAAAGAAGGCUCCUCUCAAAAUUACUACGAAGGUCGUCACUGUGAAUACAACACCGAAGCCGACGGCGCGAACACAAUCCUCAGGAGCGCAUUCGAGGCCUCAACCCUUGCCGAAGCCACAUCUCAACGGUGGCGCGCGCAAUUCGAGUACGCCUCGCAAAUCAGCCACGCCGGCCUCGAUAGCCUCGCGACAGCCGAGUCGGGAACCGCUCGAGCGGGUGAAGCAGGAGAGUCACAACCGCGUCAAAAGAGCAUCGCCUGCCGUUUCGACGCCGAAAUUCUCCAGCUCGGACGACGAAAGCGCAGAAGACGAAGACAAGCCUAGGAAGCGGGUACGAGUCGGCCGCAAACAGAGCAUAGACGAGAAGCGUCAGGUCCGAGAUCCUAAGGCGUUCUCCGAGGAUGAAGACAUCAUAUUGCCAAUGGUGCAUGCGCUGGAUAUCGCGAACAGCACGAUAAUAGAACAAGGCAGGGAUAAAUAUCAGCCAUUCUUUACGGCACUGCAGGGGGACGAAGAUGAAUGCCCAACAAUCGAGCUUCAAUACCCAAGCGCGGUCCAGCGCGAAAAAUAUCAGCUGGUAAAGCCAACUGAUUCCUCGGACUUCAAGCCUCUCGACGAAAUAGAGGCCAAUAUGAAAAUCGUGGCCGAAUACUAUCUCGACAGCGAAUCCGCCAGCAAGGUUACUAGCGAAGCCGAUGGCUCUGGACUCGUUCAGUUGCUACAUCGGCAGGCAAUGUUAGGACUGAAGGGACGGGUUGGUGCGCAGUCCAGGUACAUCGAUGGAGUCGAGAGAUAUAAUGCGCUGGUGGUAGAAAAGCGCAAGGACGGUACAAUCGCGAACAGGUUGGAUCAGAUGAACCGCGUCGAUCUGAGGCUGGUCGAACACAUAAUCAAAAACCAGGUCUACGCUCGCACCGUGUCGCCGCAGGUGAAUCUUGUCAGACAUUACGAAAGCUUUUCGGACAAUGUCUAUGGCGAACUUCUGCCGAAAUUCCUGAGCCGUAUCUUCAAGGAAACGAACCUGAAAUCGGACCAGGUCUUCAUCGAUCUGGGAUCUGGCGUCGGCAAUUGCGUCCUCCAAGCCGCACUGGAGACAGGUUCUGAGUCGUGGGGUUGCGAGGUUAUGGAUAAUCCGAACGCAUUGGCUCAGCUCCAGGCAAAAGAAUUCCCUGCUCGUUGCCACCUUUGGGGGAUCAAACCCGGCGAAAUCCACCUGAUUCAUGGAGACUUUCUUAGGAACGAAGCAGUCCGGCAAGUUCUGAAGCGAGCGGACGUUAUCCUCGUGAACAAUCAAGCCUUCACAGCGGAGCUAAACGACAAGCUGAAAUACGUCUUUCUGGAUGUCAAGGAAGGAGCGCACAUUGUCAGUCUGAAACCAUUUCGCAGCCCGACGCACAAGAUCAAGGACUCCAACGUGAAUGAUCCUGUCAAUGUGCUGUCCGUGAUCGAGAAAGAUCGCUGGAGUGGAAUGGUCAGUUGGACAGACGAUCCAGGCAAGUGGUAUCACCAGCGCAAAGACUCCACGGAAUUGGAAAAUUUUGUCAAGACCAUGGAAGGCUUCACUUAG